AUGCAAUCGCCUACCUGCCAUUCACCAUCGACGGCCUUCCUCAGAAGAAAGGUGAUGAAGCCCCUCAUGGAGAAGCGUCGCAGGGCGCGCAUCAACAACUGCCUCUCGGAGCUCAAGCGGUUCCUGAUGGCUAACGACGGCGGCACCUUCGAGAAGCAGAGCUCGCGGUCUCAACGCGUAGAGAAGGCAGACAUUCUCGAGAUGACCGUCAAGUUCCUCCGCCAACGGCAGCUCCACCUCGAAAGUGAUUCCCACGAAGAGGUCGAGCGCACCCAGCGAUUCCACGACGGUUACCGGCACUGCGUCUUCGAGGUGUCCCGGUACGCCAACGCCAUGGAGCCGCGGCUGAGGGACACGCUGCUGACCCACCUGCAGUCCAGGCUACACCACCUGUCUGCAAGCACCGGUGGCACCGGCAUGCAGCCGGCUUACGCGGACGAAGCCGUCUCGUCAACGAACGGCGACGCACCCGACCUUCAACCUGGACGUCCCGCGAGGCUGCACGAUUACGGCUACGAGGCCGGUUCCGUAAGCGACGCCAGCGAAGAGGAGUCAUCGUCUUCAGACUACGGCGACGUCGCCUCUCCGGACGCCGAGCUGUUCCUCCGCUCAGGUUGCCAGGACGAACCUCGUGACUACCGCCUGCACAGGGACGAAGGAUUGGACCACGACGGCUCCAACGAGCCAAUGUGGAGGCCGUGGUAG